GACGUUUCCAAAUUCCACGUCACGUGACAAUGAGCUAACCAUAGCUUGACAGGUUUCUUUUUUUAUUCCAGGUACUUGUUUGUCUGGUUUUAGAGGGAAUGGAUGGAUUUCCUGUGACGCUCACAGAGGCAGUUUGUCUUGGUGCCAGCCUUGCCUUCUCAGGCUUGUUCUACUAUCUGUAUAAGAAGAACAAGACAACUAUAAAAAAACUUGAAAGUGCUCCACAUUUCACUGUCGAUGGAAAACUUAAAGAGCUCUUGAAAGUUACUCCAGGGGCAUGUCUACAAUAUGCUGUUAUUGAAGGUACUGUGAAGAGUGAAAAAGAGCCUCUGGCGAGUCACUUCCAUAAAGAAGUCUUUGGUGUGUUGCAGAAGUUCACAUUAAAAGAGCACAAGCUGGUGUGGAGCGGUGUUUCACGCACAUGGAUGGAUGCAGAGCAAAUCUUGCACCAAAGAGUGAAUGUGGUGCCCUUUUUAUUGGUUGGAUUAGAUGAGACUUCAGUCAAAGUCCUGAGCCCUCUUGAAGCAGCUGGAACAUACACAGAGAUCACCUAUGAGAAAUUUACCCCUGCCAGUUAUGCUUUUGGAGACCUUAUAGGGCAGUAUGUCAGUGGGGUAAAGCCUAAAGGACACCUGGAAAUCGAGGAAAUGCUGAAAGUGGGCACGACUCUUACUGGUGUUGGCAAGUUGAGCUUGGAUGCAGAAGGAGUUUUGCAUCUCCAACCCCCCUCUGAUGGUUCCCAAUAUUUCCUGAGCAUGACAGACUUUGAUACUCUGUGUAUGGAGAAUUACAGCAUGGCUGUUUGGUGGAAGGUAUUGGCCAUUGCCUCUGCUUUGACAGGAGCAGCAGUCCUCCUCUGGGCUGGUCUGCGCUACUAUCAUCACCUGAAAAAUAGCUGGGAGCAAGAGCGAGAAAUAAGGGAAUUUGCAAAUCUACAGGCCGAAGCUGCAAGACUGCGAGCUAAUGAAGCGAGACCUGAGGCUCCAGUAGAUGAAGCAAAUGAUUAUCCAAGAAAUGUCUGCGUGAUUUGUCUCGAUCAGCCACGAGACUGUAUCCUGUUAGACUGUGGACAUGUAUGCUGCUGUCACAUCUGCUUCCUGGCCCUGCCACAACGAAAUUGUCCCAUCUGUAGACAGAACAUUGUUAGAGUGCUGCCUUUUUAUCAGCCCUGAGGCACCUGUGUGACCUCAGAAGACUCAGACACCACGCAAACUGUGCCUCUUUACAGAUUAAAGUUACUUCCUUUUUAAUUAGUAAGUACAUUAAAGGAUACUGGCACAAACAGUUCUCAGUGGGAUACGAGUAUAUAAAAUCUGUACAGGGGUAGUGAAUAACACAA